AUGGUGGAGGCAACAUGCGGAAGAACUCGUCAUCAGCUCGACCAAGUCCUGCACCUAUUUCCGCAGUUUGAUCUGCACUGUCUCUGGUAUCCAACUGUCCGUCGGACUGUCAUGUGCCUUGCAAAGUUGUACAGAUGUCUCGACGUGGCUGUUUUUCAAUCACUUGCUCGUGAUUUGUUGACAAUGUGCACCGAGUCCCUGGAGGCGGCAGCUCUACACAUUGCUGCGGCACCAUCCAAAAAGACUGGUCAUACAAAGAAGUUGGACGGCGAGUUGUUCCUGGUCAAGCAUUUACUCAUUCUGAGGGAACAAACUGCUCCCUAUAGGCAGGCUGCGCACAGAGCUGAUGCCACGUUGCCUACCCUCGAUUGUUCCAUAGAUUUUGCGCGAAUGAAGAGCUCGUUCUUCGAUGACAAAAGCCGAUGGUUCGAACUGAGUUCCAACAACGCCUUUCUUGAAUUGCUUUUCUCGGUACCCAUCCAUGUUUCUGAGCAAAGCAGCGAUACCCGCCGUGUGAUAGACUUACAACUACGUACUCGAUGUAAUCAGUUGAUCGCUACUAGUGCAGAGUUCAUAGUAGGCCCUUUGCUGAAAUGGGUUGACACUGCAGAAGAUGAACUGCUGAAACCUGACUUCGACUUAAAGAAGCAUCCAGAUCUCGCACCCGCGAAGCUCAACGAUUUAUCGAAACUAUGUGCCACAUAUUCGCUGUAUAUCGGUGUUGCCGAGAGACCUGAGGCGAUCCUUCUUUCUCCGGUGCGAAAACGAAUUGCAGACACAUUUGCAAGAGCACUAGUCGUUUGCUACUAG